ACCAAUCUCCAGAUCCGCGCGUCGAAAUAUCAGCCGCAGGAAGGGCCGGCAUGGAGUCUCGUCGCCAUCACCAGAGGUCCCGCAGCGCGCGCGGCCCACUCCCGCCCCACCCCCACCUCCAGCCGCAGCGCAACCCUAGCCUCUCCCCCGCCGCCGCCUCCCACAUCUUCCGCCCGCUCCAACCCAUGGAGGACGACGUCAUCUCGACGCUCAUGGACAUCGACGAAUCGCCGCUCGACGCCGUGGGGGCCGGCUUCCUCGACGAGGACGACGGCGAGGGGGACACGCUACUCGCCCCGCACCGCGGGGGCCGCGGCGGCGGCGGCGACGCGCGCGGGCCCCUCCCCUUCUCCGGGUUCUACAACAGCUUCGACGGCGCCGACUUCGACGACGACGACAUCGCCUGAGGGACCCGCCGCCGCGGCCGCGCGGCUCGGUAAUUGUGGGGGCAGCCGUGGGUUGCGAUCCGAGGGAAGUUAGGGAUCUGUCUGUCAUGUUCUGUCGAUAUCGUGGUGGGAUCUUUUAAUUAGCGUAUCGGUUGAUGAGGCCCGUUUGAGACAUCUGGAGACGAUUUGGGAUCAAUCUAGGCACCUCUCUGCCUCGUUGUUCGCGGAUCAUUGCGCAUUUAUGCUUGCCUCGUGUUCGUUGGUAUUUCUGGAUUGAUCUCUUUGAUCUAUCGAAGUCUCCCCUAUGCUAUUUUUCUGUUUAUGUGCAA